UCCAUAAGAUUCACCAGAAACAUGGAACCCGUAAACUACACAGCUAUUUCAGAAUUCCUUCUCCUGGGACUGACAGAGGACCUGGCUCUGCAGCCUCUCAUCUUCAGCCUGUUCCUGUCCAUGUACCUGGUCACCGUCCUGGGGAACCUGCUCAUCAUCCUGGCUGUCAGCUCUGACUCCCGCCUGCACACCCCCAUGUAUGCCUUUCUGUGCAGUCUGUCCUUUAAUGACAUCUGUUUAAGCACAAGCACAGUCCCCAAGAUGCUGGGGAACCUCCAGACGCAGGAUCCGAGCAUCACCUACACAGGAUGUCUCUGCCAGAUGUUUUUUGUCUUAGUUUUUGCAUAUUUGGAGAAUUUUCUCCUUGCAGUGAUGGCCUAUGACCGCUAUGUGGCCAUUUGUCACCCCCUGAGGUACACAGUCAUCAUGCUGCCCCACUUCUGUGUCCUGCUGGUUCUGGUCUCCGUGUCCAUCAGCACUGUGGACGCCCUCCUCCACACUCUGAUGGUGCUGCGGCUGUCCUUCUGCACAGACCUGGGGAUCCCCCACUUCUUCUGUGAACUCGCUCAGGUCGUCAAGCUGGCCUGUUCUGACACCUCAGUUGAUAAUGUCCUCAUCUAUGUUGCAACUUGCAUAUUUGGUGGCGUUCCUCUCUCUGGGAUCAUUUUCUCUUAUGUUCACAUUGUGUCCUCUGUCUUGAGAAUGCCAUCAGCCGAAGGAAAGCAUAAAGCCUUUUCCACCUGUGGGUCUCACCUGUCAGUUGUGGCCUUAUUCUACGGGACAGGUGCAGGGUUGUACAUGAGUUCUGCAUUUACUGACUCCCCCAGGAAUUCUGCUGUGGCUUCGGUGAUGUACACUGUGGUCCCUCAGAUGCUGAACCCCUUCAUCUACAGCCUGAGGAACAGGGACUUGAACGAGGCUUUGAGGAGUCUCAUCGGAAGGAUAACUUCUUUUCUGUGA